AUGGAUUAUAUAGAACGAUUAGAACCUCCAAGAACAGAUGAGCAAGAACUUUAUAAAGCUGCAACUUCAGAUGACACUGUUUUGUUCCUAGAAAUAUUCAACAAAAAUUGGAACAAAGAUAUACUCUACAUGUGCAAGUUUGGUUAUUUUGGUUAUAGCAUCCUCCAUGUUGCGGCAAGUAAUAAGAGUAUCCAUAUUGUGGACAUAAUUCUCAAGGAAAGUCCAGGUCUUUUAUACGCAUUAGAUUCAAGGAAAUGGUCAGCCCUUCACCUAGCCUUGGUUAAAGGUGACACGAUUAUGUCGGAAGAAUUGCUGUCACGUAACCCCUAUGUGGCUCGGGUCAAGACUUCGCAUGGCGAUUCCAUUCUACACAUGUGCCUAAAGCACGGUCAGCUAGGUUCUUUGAGGCUACUCAUGGAUAAGAUCAAGGAUACCGAAUUUGCGAAUCUAACAGAUGCCGAAGGCAACACCGUUCUACAUCUAGGCGUAAUGAUUAGCAAUUUUGAGGCCGUGGAUUAUUUGUUUAAAAUAAACAAAGUAAAAGUGAACGCCAAGAAUACAAUUGGGAACACGGCACUUGAUAUCGCACUAGAAUGCACCGAAACCAUAAGAGAUGAUAGGAUACAAAAUAUUCUCAAGGAAAACGGAGCAACUAGAAGCAAGCAUAUGAAUCAGGUGAAAUGGCUAAGUGAGAAGAGGAAUGUGCUCAUAGUAUUAGCCUCGAUCAUAGCAACAAUGACGUUUCAAGCUGGGGUGAAUCCGCCUGGUGGAACCUGGCAAGACAGCUCGGAUAUUCUACAUCAAGCUGGAGAAUCUGUGAUGGCUUACUAUUCGGGCGUGUACAUACACUUCCUUUCGUUCAACACUCUUGCAUUGAUGGGUUCGUUGAUCACGAUAUUACUAUUACUUAUGGGUCUUCCUUCGGGAAAGGGUAUCGUAAUGAAGCUUCCGGUGACAAUUAUGUGGCUUACCAUUUUAGUAAUGAUCUUCACUUAUAGUGCAUCUAUUACAAUGACCACACCUAUAGGACUAAGGGUGUCUCUUCUUGUGCAUAUUACUGCAGGAGGUUUAGGUUUGGGGUUUAUAAUUACUGCCUUUAGAUGGAGGCAUCGUGUCCAAGACUUGAAAGAGUUUAUAUGUAGGAAAUUGGAACUUUUUGGAGGUGAGAGCACAAGUGGAUGGCUAAAUUGCAAGAGCAUUUUAUUCAGGGGGUUACCUUUCCAUUUUGCUAGAAAUCCCCACUACAUCAAGUCGUAUACACUUGAUGCCAACAGCAACAUUCCGAGCUAUGUUCCUCCUUGUUAUAAUGCACUACGGACUACGUUAUUAGAAAAGGAGAGGGCACAUAUUGAAAGAUUAUUGGAACCAAUCAAGACGACUUGGAAAGAGAAAGGGGUGACCAUAGUAUCAGAUGGUUGGACUACAGUCAGAGAAGACCGUUGA